AGCCGCAUCUGCAGUCUGGAUGAGGGGGGCGCACGUCCGGGGGUCUCCAAAGUCUCCAAUAACACAACAAAAGUCGCUAGAUUUGCAGCUAGUAGCUUUUUUUUAUUUAAAAUAAUUACCUGCGUGGUCUGAAAACUUGCUAAAUGUAGCCACAAAGUCGCUAAGUAGCCAACAGCGUGUUACCCAGUGUUAUAGUCCCUCACUCCGCUUCCUCAUUCACACCUCAGACUUACUUUCUUCUCUCUCAGGCGCCUCAGUACCACUUUUCCAGUUCUUCCUCUUUCAGGCUGAGAAAGAAUUCAAAACUGAGUGGGCGAGGCAUUUUCUCUCUUCAAGCAGAGCUUUUGGUUCACUUUGUCCACUUAGGUUUUCUUAUUCUUCGGAACGGUUGUUAAAAACACGGAGCCAGAAAUGCUGCGAAACGCGUCUAAAACCCACGUUUUGAUCACAUCCGUGUUUCUCUUCAUCGUUAUAUUCAUCAUCUAUUUCUACAUGAAAGCUUCCCCCCCUCUCAGACUCCCUGUACUAGAUUUUGGCCCAAAUGAAGAUGCUGACUUUAUAAAUGAGAAGAUUAUAAAAACACAGGAUUGCCCGAAGCAAAGCGCCUGGAGCAUUGGAGAUCUGACAAUGAAGCAUGGAUUAGAGUAUGCCCAGCCAAGCACCCAGAAAGGACGGACUGAUGUGAACGCUGUGACAAACUGGAAUGCCCCUCUGGUUUGGGAAGGAACCUUUGACCCAGUGGUUAUGGAUGAGAUCUACAUGAAAAUGAACCCCCGAAUCGCUGUUGUGGUUUUUGCUGUUGGCAAAUACACCCGCUUUGUGAAAGGCUUCGUAGAGUCAGGAGAAAAGCACUUCCUUGUUGGUUUUAAGGUUACUUACUAUAUCUUUACAGACGAUAAAGAAUCCGUUCCAAAGCUUGACCUGGGUAAAAACAGGAACAUUUCAUUCCUCCCUGUACCAAGCGCCAAGCGCUGGCAGGAAGUCGUUCUUGGCAGGAUGAAAUGGGCCACUCUCACCAUUGACAAACAGAUCCGUAAUGAGGCAGACUAUCUUUUCAUGAUGGACAUAGACAGUGUCUUCCACAACCGCUUUGGGGCAGAGUCUCUCAGUCGGCUGUCUGCUGUACUUCAUCGUGGCUACUAUAAGGCUCCCAGGGAGGAAUUCCCUUAUGAGCGUCGGUCUCAGUCAAAGGCCUACAUCCCGGCUGGCGCAGGAGACUACUAUUACACUGCAGCAGUGUGGGGUGGAUACCUGGAGGAUAUGUACAAGCUCGUCAAAUACUGCUAUGAGCAGUCGGAGGAAGAUGCCAAGAACAACAUAGAAGCUGUUUGGCAGGAAGAGAGUCAUUUGAACAAAUACCUGCUAUACAACAAGCCAACCAAGGUGCUGUCUCCAGAGUAUCUAUGGUCGGAUUACGAUCAGGUGCCAUCUGACAUUAAAGUUGUCAGGAUCUCUCAGUUGAUCAAGAAUUAUGCAGAAGUGCGUCCCAAUGGUGGACAUAGAUGAGGUUUAGUAUCUUUUGGAAACAUUGAUGUGAAACAUAAGUAGAAAGACACCUUUUUUUGGCCUUCCUCUAUUUGCUUAAGGUGUUUUUUUGGUUUGUGUGUUUGUUUUGGGAGGGGUGAAUUGUUGGUAUUAAAAUUAGGCUUUACAUAUUUUUCAUAUUGUAUUGCACUUUGUGAAUCUAACUGUGUGGAUAUUAUUUUCCAAGUAAAGAUGUAAAGUAAAUUGAAAGACUGUACAUAAUUUAUGUUGUCAUAUGUUGACAGUUUUGUAAAGAUAUCUUAUUAACAACCAUUCCUGAGAAUGUUGAAAUGUUCUGUAAAUAUAUAAAAUCUUUACAUGACUUGAAAACAUCCAUUGAUAACAUAAAUUAAAUGAUGGGACGAAUGCAUGUUGCAUUCAGGUGCAGGCCAUCUCUCUUCAUUUCACAGAUAAAACAGAUAAAACAUUCAUUCUCAACUCUUAGCAAACACUGUUCAUGGUUACAAAAUCUGCCGCUGGCCUUGGAUGCAUUGCUGUGUAUGGUGUUGGAAAACCAAAUGAUCUUCUAUUUUUAUAACAACUUAUAAAGAUAAUGCAUGCAGCAAAGUCUCUACAAUCAAAUCCCAUGUUUUAUGCAUUUUUUUAAUCUGAGUAUAUUAACUGAUAUUAUCACUUUCCAUAAAAUAUCUGUUUAGAUCAGUGGGAACUUUGGCCCAUCAUUUUUGGACCAACUAUCUAGCCUAAUACAGAAUAUACCACAAUAACUUUCAGGAGUACAAACAAGUCUCCAUAUUACAGAAUCACAAUAAACUGAAUACAAGAAUAUUUAAUGAUCCUGUCAAUGCCCAAUUACUCUGUGUUACAUUAUGUCUUGAUAUUGCAAACAUCCUUUUUUACUCAAAUCGCCAUCCUGAUGGCAACAGUGGGUUUUUGAGGUAAAACAAAAAUUGCUGGGAAAGCAGCUUAUUGACCAACAAAACUAAUUGGUGAAAACCUUUUCUGUUCAUAUAGGUCAAGGAUAAUUGUUUUUUCCUUUGAGUUUAAGUUCAAUUCCAUUAUUUCUGUGAUUCUUUUUAACUGUUGGUGUCAUCUUUCCCCUUUUUGUGGACUGUUGUGGAUAUUUCCGUGUGUAUGGGGGUCGUCUUGAAAUUCUACAGCUUCCUCACCCACAUUUCAAAAACAUGCAAGCGGGGUUAGGUGUCAGUUCUAAACAGGAGUUUAGUUCCCUUUCAGUGGCAUGAGCUGUCUGUUGCUUUGACUGACCCCUUUGUGGGUGAGAGCUUUGGAGAUUGUAUUUUUCUGACAUGUUUUUUAAAGAAACGAUGCCCCACUGAGGACUGCAGGUGUCAGAAUGUGUGUAUUUAAAUGGUUUUAAUCAGGGAGUUGAAACACUGGAUGUACAUGUACUGGAAAUGUUUGUACUAAAUUAUUUCAUGGGCUUGGUUAUUACUUGGCUUAUUGUUUGAUACCCAUUUUUUUAGUAGAUAUUUUUUCUUUAUUGCUGUAAUGCAACUGUGACAAUGAUUUUACCUUCUCUUAUCAUGUUUUGGAUUGUACUCUUGACCGUGAGAUAUAAUAAAACAUUUGGCUGUCGGUUGUAAUUCCAGUGAAUCAGAAUCAGAAUUAG